CACAGCUUGAGCAUUAUGGCAGAAAAUUUAGAAACGUUAAAAGCGAGAAUUAAAGAAUUAGAAUCUCUGCUUGCGGAAAGAGUUGAACCGGUGCGAAAUAGAAUUGAGCAAAUGAGCUCAGAAGUUGUUGACUCAAAUCCUUACAGUCGUUUGAUGGCAUUAAAGAGAAUGGGGAUUGUGGACAAUUAUGAGAAAAUUCGGGAGUUUACCGUUAUCAUAGUAGGAAUUGGUGGUGUUGGAAGUGUUGUGGCUGAAAUGCUGACGAGAUGUGGAAUUGGAAAGCUUCUUCUUUUUGAUUAUGAUAAAGUUGAACUUGCAAAUAUGAACAGAUUAUUUUUUCGGCCAGAGCAAUCUGGUUUGAGUAAAGUUGAAGCAGCUGAGAAAACAUUAAGGAACAUUAACCUGGAUGUUGAGUUUGAAAUAUUUAAUUAUAAUAUAACGUUAAUGGAUAACUUUCAGCAUUUCAUGGAUAAAAUCAGUAAAGGUGGAAAAGAUGGAAAAUCAGUGAAUCUUGUUUUGAGUUGUGUGGAUAACUUUGAAGCUCGAAUGGCAGUUAACACUGCAUGUAAUGAACUAUCACAACCAUGGAUGGAGUCUGGUGUCAGUGAAAAUGCUGUAUCAGGACAUAUUCAAGUCAUUUUACCUGGAGAAACAGCAUGUUUUGCUUGUGCUCCACCACUGGUUGUUGCAGAAAACAUUGAUGAAAAGACAUUAAAACGUGAGGGUGUUUGUGCUGCUUCAUUGCCAACAACAAUGGGAAUUGUGGCUGGAUUUUUGGUACAAAAUGUUCUCAAAUAUUUAUUGAAAUUUGGUUCCGUCACAUAUUACCUGGGUUAUAAUGCUUUGCAAGACUUUUUUCCUACAAUGACGAUGAAACCUAAUCCUGCUUGUGAGGACAAAAAUUGUAUAUUACGACAGAAGGAAUAUCUGGCACGGGUGGAGAAAGAGAAGAAAAAUGAAAAAGAUGUAAUAGAAGAAAAACAAGAGGAAGAAGUUGUCCAUGAGAGCAAUGAAUGGGGAAUAGUUUUGGUAGAUGAGUCACAACAGGAGGAAGAAAUAAAUGAAAUGAAACUUGCUGAAGGAGUCCGAUUGUUGUAUAAUAAACCAAAUAAACCUGGACGAAAGAUUUCAGAAUUUGAAAUAAGCAGCGAAGGACAAAUAUGUCAAGAUGAUGGCAUGUCUGUGGAGGAAUUGAUGAAGCAACUGAAAGAAAUGUGAAAUUUAAAAUGCAAU